UCGCUUUUUAACUGAGUUUUUUCUUUCUUCCUUUUUAUGUCUGAAAGUAAGACUAUUUCUAAAUAAUAAAUUUCAUACGCAAUAAAAUUGUGACAAACGUGCACUUUCAACAAACAAGCUGUAAAAUAGACCAAAGGUCAGAAUUCUUUGAACGUUUCCUGCCACCAUACUAUGAAGCAAACGACGGAUUGUCAAAAGAUUUCACAACACAACUUUUCUAACUUGAGUGGGUCUUUGCUAAACACCCUUUUUUGAAUCGACAACAUUAAGAGACAAAUCUUUUGCAGUGUCUCACAACGUGUUGUCAGCAAAAUGGCAGAGGCUAUACUCGGAGAUCACGACCAGUACAGCUGCUCGAUAUGUUUGGACUUGCUGAACGAUCCCGUGACAAUUCCUUGUGGACACAGUUACUGUACGAGCUGUAUUAAUGAAUGCUGGAAUACAACGGAUAAUAAAGGGACCUAUAAAUGUCCACAGUGCAGACAUGCCUUCGAUUCAAAGCCUCCACUCAACAGAAAUACAAUACUUGCUGAAAUAAUGGAGCAACUGAGGCUACGAACAAAGCUACAUGAGUCAGAGGCUGCUCAAAGUCUUGCUGGACCUGGAGAGAUUGCAUGUGAUUUCUGCGCUGGAGAAGUGUUCAAAGCUGUCAAGUCUUGUCUGGAGUGUCGAGCCUCUUACUGUGAGACACACGUACAUCCACACUAUAAUGUUCCAGCCCUGAAGAAACACAAGCUGGUGAAAGCUACCGUCAUGCCAAUAUGCUCCAAACAUGACAAGCUCCUUGAGGUUUACUGUAGAACAGACGAGGUUUGUGUCUGCAUGCACUGCUUAAUGGAUGACCAUAAAGGCCAUGACACAGUGCCAUCUACAAUAGAGCGUGGUGAGAAACAGACGAAACUCACAGACACUCAGACAAAAGUCAAGCAGACAAUCCAUGCAAAAGAAAAAGAGCUGCAGAAGAUGAAAAUGGACAUCACAUCCCAUUCAGAUUCUGCAAAGGAGGCUGUGAAAAACAGUACGAGAGUCUUUACUGAAUUGGCCAAAUUUAUUGAGAAAAGAAGUAAUGACGUGAUUGAAAAGAUAAAAGCUCAAGAAAAGGCUGAUUUGGACCAAGGUGCAAAACUACAAGAGAAACUUGAGGGGGAAAUUACUGAGCUGAAGAAGAGGGAAGGAGUCCUAGAGACUCUUCUACAGACAGAUGACAACAUCCACUUUCUUCAGAAUUAUGAGUCUAUGUCCUCUUCAUCUGGAUCUGAUGAGUUUCCCAGUCUCUCAUUUCAGCCGUGCUGCUCUUUUGAGGACAUAAACAAAAUUGUAUGUGAACUUACUGGAAGACUGAAGACUACUUGUAUGCAGGAAACAAACAAAACAAUUAAUAAAGUUUCAGAUUUGUCAACAAAGAGUCCUCCAUUUGACAUUGAAGUUGGAGACACAGUCCGCGUGAAGCCGUCUGUUGUUAUUCCAACACACAAAUGGGGAUCGGUUACUUGCAUUAGCAUUGGUGUUGUUAAAAAAAUUCAGGGCAAGUUUUUGACUGUAGAUUUCCCCGAACAAAAAAACUGGACUGGUGUAGUUUCAGAAAUGGACCGUGUGACCAGUGCUGGUUCAGAUUUGUUAACAAAGAAUGCUUCAGUCGACAUCAAGGUUGGAGACAGAGUCAGAGUAAAACCCUCCAUUACUACCCCAAAACAUAACUGGGGUAGAAACGUCACACAUAAGAGUGUGGGUGUGGUAAAAGGCAAGAGCUGUACAACUUUCCUUACACAAAUCAUUCAUUAUCAAAAGUACAAGUGUUACAAUAUGAACUUGUUCUGUUUAGACAUUAAAGGUGAUGACAGUCUGGUUGUUGACUUCCCUGGACAUGCAAAUUGGAAAGGAAUUCUCUCUGAAAUUGAGCGAGUAACUAAUGAUGAAGAGAUUGGAUCUUCAAGUCUAGACUCCAAUAUUAAGAUUGGAGACAAAGUCCGCGUGAAGCCGUCUGUUGUUACUCCAACACACAAAUGGGGAGCAGUCACUCACAAAAGCAUUGGUGUUGUUAAAAAAAUUCAGGGUGAGUCUUUGACUGUAGAUUUCCCUGAGCAAAAAAACUGGACUGGUUUAGUUUCAGAAAUGGAGAUUGUGGCCAGUGCUGAUUCAGACAUCAAAUGUGAUAACGGUCUGAUUGUUGACUUCCCUAAACAUGCAAAUUGGAAAGAAAUGUACUCUGAAAUGGAGCUAGUAACCAAAGAUGAUGAGUUUGGUAAUAAUACACAGUAUCAUUACAGAUCUUCAAGUCUGGAGUCCAAUAUUAAGAUUGGAGACAAAGUCUGCGUGAAGCCGUCUGUUGUUACUCCAACACACAAAUGGGGAGCAGUCACUCACAAAAGCAUUGGUGUUGUUAAAAAAAUUCAGGGUGAAUCUUUGACUGUAGAUUUCCCUGAGCAUAAAAACUGGACUGGUUUAGUUUCAGAAAUGGAGCUUGUGACUGGCUCUUGUACAGUCGACAUCAAGGUUGGAGACAGAGUCAGAGUGAAACCUUCCAUAACUACACCAAAACAUAAUUGGGGCGAACAUGUCACCCACACGAGUGUGGGUGUGGUAAAAGAGAUCAAAUUUGAGGAUGUGAUCGUGGAAUUCCCGAAACACAAAGGAUGGAAAGGGAUUCUCUCUGAGAUGGAAUUGAUAAAUGAUUCAGAGGCUGACGUUUCAGGAUCCUCCUAGAUCAUGAUCAUGUGACCCUGGACUUCCCUGCUCACGUUUUUCUUUUGUGACUGAGCUUUGAUCAUAAAAACAUGUCUGUGUCUUUUUGUUUUGU